CUUGGAGAGACCAUCUCGACCACCUACGACAGGUGUUGAUGAGGUUACGAGAGGCCGGACUCACGGUUAAAACCGAAAAAUGUCAACUUGGAAGAGCGGAAGUUCACUACUUGGGACACGUUAUCGGCCAGGGACUUCGGCGCCCUUCCGAAGUUAAAAUUGCGGCCGUGGUGGAGUUCCGACGACCGACGACAAAGAGGGAUAUUCGGGCAUUUCUGGGUCUAGCUGGUUAUUACCAGCACUAUAUCUAUAACUUUUCAGACAUAGCCAGUCCUUUGACCGACGCUCUUCGUAAAAACGAGCCGCAAAACCUGAUCUGGGACGACGCGAAAGAAAGCGCCUUUAAAACCUUGAAAAUGGCGUUAGUUCAAACGCCAGUGCUAAAGGCCCCUGAUUAUGACCAGACGUUUGUCGUGCAGUGUGACGCGAGUGAUAGGGGAAUUGGGGCAGUUUUGUCGCAGGUAGACGAGCAGGGAAACGAGCGACCCAUUCUCUACAUUAGCCGAAAGCUGACAGUUCGCGAGGAGGCUUACAGCACCUCGGAGAAGGAGUGCGCCUGCCUGGUCUGGGCUGUACAGAAGUUAUCUUGUUACCUGGCCGGGACUAAAUUUAUCGUGGAGACAGACCACUGUCCUCUUUCUUGGUUGCAAAAUAUGUCCCACAAAAACGGCCGCCUCCUCCGCUGGAGUCUCGCUCUGCAGCAGCACGCAUUUGAGGUGAGAUACAAAAAGGGGAAGCUAAAUGGGAACGCUGAUGGCCUAAGCCGGGGCUUCUAAGACGUGAACGAGCUCCAUGAUCGGAUUGUACAAAUUUGUAAAGUUUUUCGUUUGUUUCAAAUCCUUGGAAAGGGACAUCUUGAUUUUUUUAUUGUGUUUUUAUGUCAAAGCACGCUACCAUAACUUUUGUUUCUGUUUGCCUGGUUUAGGGUAUGGUUUACUUUAAAGGGCUUAGUGACAGCCUGAGCUCGAGUGUCGAGUGAGGGAGAUCUUAGGUAGUAGGUGGA